UUUCUUUUUCUUCUUUACUCUCUGUUAGUGUAGCUCAUCUGGCCCUAUCUGAUGUUCUGCCAUUUCCUCGUGGCAGCCUCUCAUGACUCUACUGCAGUGACAACAAGCGGAUGGACGGUGGUCUUUUUGUUGGAUCAGAUGCAGUGGAGUCUCCUGACCGUCUCUGACACGUGGCCCUGGGAGACAGCAAAGCUCUCUGGAGAGGUUGUCUGUGCAGCACAUGGGGGCCGCAGCGGCUCCCGGCACGGAGUCCCCAGUCACUAAGUCAGUGCCAGGCAAUGGCACCCGGCAGCUGCUCCCUGGCAGGGGCUCUCCCUCUCCUGCUGAGGUGAUUCCCUGCUUCGGCGUAGACCGUGUCCACCCCAGAGCCGAGUGCGUCACAAAAACAUGCUGUGUUUUGGGGCCAGCAAGGUUGCCCAGCAUGCAGUCUGGUCCCUAGCCCAGGGCACGUCAUUCUCUCUGAGGUGACACUCCUCGGUGUGAUGUCACAGUUGUUGCCUGUUCCACCCCUGUGGCAGCGGUGGGAGCGGUAGCCCAGUCUCUUGUGGGACCCGCAGGAAGAGGACCCAGAGAGAGCAUUGUGUCUAUCUGGAGUUAUCCUGCUGUGAUGGAGCGGCUAAGAGCCCUUCGAGGUCUCUUUGCCUGUGUGGGCUGCGUGCCCAGACGUACGCGUCGCAGCGCCAGAGGCAGGGUGGAAAGCCCUGCCCCUGCCUGUGCCGUGACUUUACUGUUGCAGCGCCUGCAAGACAACCAGGGUGACCGAGCGCAGGCGUACUGCGAGCUGGAGCACGUCCUAUGGGAAGAUGACAGCCGCCCGCCGUGCGGAGUGCUGAACCGGCUGCUGGCUGAGGUGUCCCAGGACCUGACAGCAGCCCAGGGCGUGCCAGACAGCAUGAGGAUGGCUGCCAGCAAUGUCCUGGUGGCUCUGGCCCGGACACACUUCACCUUGGUGAUGGCCGAGCUCCAGGGCCACCUGAAGGCCACGGGGGAGAUGUCCAAGGAGUUUGUGCUCGUCACCCUGAGCAAACUGUUCACCAACUACGCUCCACAGUGCAUCUCCUUCGUAUGGCUGACACUGGCCGGCCUGCGCAGUGUGGUGGGCUGGGUGAGAGGCGGCCGGACCCUGCGCAUCGCUUGUGCUGUUGUGAAACAAUUGCUGGAAGGAGUCAAGGUUCACUUGUGCUCUGGAAAGCAAUGCCCCUGGCCUGCCGUGGAGAUCGAGCAGAUCUACAAGAGUCUUUACCAGCUCCUCUGCUCUGUGCUGCGGAACUGGCAGGAUUGCCAGGAGGAAAAGGACAAACAGGCCGUCCUCGGGGCUGUGGCUACCAUGAUGGCUGUCCUCCUGCAAGAGGAGCUGCUCCGAGAGCACGUUUGGGAGCAGCUGCUCUGGCUCGGGCACCUGUAUCAGGAGGUCCAAGACACCUGCAGGGGGACCAAGAGCCUCAAUAUCUUCCUGGAGGCCUUAGAGGGAGUUCAAUCUGUCAUCCCUAGGGACAAGUUUCUGGCCAUCACCAGUGCUGUGUUCUACCAGCUCUCUGACGACACCAAGGAGUGCAGCGAGGCUGACAGAGCAGAACUGACCCACUGCAUCCUGCUGCAGGCCCGGAUCUGCCCGGAGGAAACGGUCCUGUUUCUGCAGUCGCAGCUGGGUGCUGACAGGGAGGCUGGAUGCGUGGCAGCCCUGGGUCUGCUCGGUGCUCUGGCUCGCUCUGAUGAGCCCAUGAUGACAGAGAAGCUGCCCCAGGUCAUGGAGGCUGUACAGUGUCUGUGCAGCGACCCCAGGACCCAGGUGAGGAGGGCCAUUCUGCACUUCAUCAAGGAUGUGCUCAGCGCUAACGCCCAGAGCUGCUCCGCCUGGGAUGUGGUGGGGCACAUCUUCAGUGAGUUCAGCCGCACCACGGGAAGAAGGGCAGCUGGAGACCUUUCUGCCCAGGAAGCCCGGGAAGAAGGAGCUCUCCAAGAGCUGUGCGUGGACAUCCUGGGGUCACUGGAUGUCUCUGUGAGAGGGAUGAGCAAACUCCUGUGGCCACGGCUGCUGCUGUACGUGGUGCCAGCCCAGUACACCGGCAUGCUGAUCCCGGUCUCCCGCUGUGUCCAAGCGCUGGCUGAGGGAGGGGACCCGAUGGUGCGGGAGAUAGAAGAACUGGACCCCCAUUUCCUCAGCUCCAUGUUUCAAGGCCCACUGCUGACUCCCCAGACACUGCUGGCACGCCUGUUGGUGGUGGCAGGGAGCCCGUUUGCAGGCAGUGAACUCCAAGCCGCUGCCUUGCGACUCAUGCAGAACCUCCACAGCAAGAUCCACAGGGCUGUGGGGGCCAUGUGGGCCGCUGAGAUCCCCCUGCUGCUGCAGUGCCUGGAAGGGAAAGAUGAGAGCUUCCCGGACUCUGCCGAGUGGGAGCAGCGUCUACUAAAGUUCCUGAGGGCAUCAUUGGACACCUUGGAGGAUGAGGCCUGGACCAAGGGCUUGAGCUGCGAGCUGAGCCGGUGGCUGAGCAGCUCUCCCAGCAGCUCUGGAGAGAAGUCCUUCCUGUACAAGGCUCUGGGGACAGUGCUGGGAGCCUGUAAGGAAGUCCUCCACAUCCAAGAGAAGCUUCUGCAACACCUGGAGGGAGCAAACGCGGAGGAGCCAUCUGAGGCCCAGGGAAUGAUCUCUCUUCUCAGCCAUGCUGCUGAGAGCAACUUCCACACAGCCCUGGACACACUCACCAUGUUUGCGUCCAGGCUGUGCAAAGGCCAAAACGGGAGGAUUUCCAGACGCAAGAAGAUGGAGCUGGACAGCAGAAGAGCUCAGGCCACACGCAGCGCUCUCAUCCUCGCCCAUGGCAGCUUGGCGCUGCGUGCCUCCAAGGAACAGCUGCUUGCCCGCCUGGAGGGAGACAUCGUGGGCAACAUCCUGCUGCUCUACAGCUGCAGCUGCCGGGACCUGCAGAACACGCUUGCGCUGCUGCAGAGCAUCACUGACUUCAGCUCUGCCUUCCAAGCUGUGGGUGACUCUGCCUGCUUCAACCCCUCCUUGAAGGGCAAGCUGCUCCUUGAAGGGAGAUCCUGA